AUGGUGUCUGCAUACUGCACAGUUUCGAUAGACGCAGCACUGGUAAUUGCUGGCAUCACGCUAAUUGACUUGCUUGGCUCUGAACUCCAGGCAUUGUCUAAAGCAAGAGGUUCAGGAACUCACCAAGCAGACUGUCAAGACACGAUACUCUCGGAGUGGCAAUCCCGCUGGGUCUCCUCCUUCACAGGCAGAUGGAUCUUCAAGUUGAUCCCUGACAUCAGGCCUUCGGUCCUUAGGAGUUUUGGUGAAACUAAUUUUCCCCUCAACCAGGCACUGUCCGGCUAUGGUUGUUUCGCCCAGUACCUCCACCGCUUUGGGAAGCUCGAGUCCCCGGAGUGCUGGUAUUGUGGGGCUCAAGUAGACGAUGUGCAACACACCCUCUUCGAGUGCGACGCCUGGUACAGCCGGAGACAGCAGAUUCUCAUCUCUCUGUGCUGCAAAGAUAUGUUCACAAACCUUGGUCGCCCUGAUGCUUCACUCAAGGACAAACUGGUCGGCUAUCAAUGA